GUACAACGUCUAGAAGCUAAAAUCAAGUUCUGAAAUAAACACUUUAAUUUAAACUAGAUGGCACUAUUGUCACUAAUAUUCUUUACAUGGCUCAAUUCAAGAAAUUAAAGGUUGGAUAGGACUGCAUUUUUUGUCCUCCUUCAAUCCAACUUCUUAAGGACUUCCCAUGUAAUGUCAUGUUCAAGAUAAUAUUUCAUAACAUUAAAAAAAAAUUGCCUGAAGCAUUACUAUUGCCUGAAAUGCGUAUUGCUAUAUGAAAGAGCACCUCUUGUUGAAUGUGGCUUCUGGAAAAAACUACUACAUAAGUUUUAUUGAAUAAAAAAAUAUAUACUACAUAUGUACUGCCUAAACUGGUUAAAGAAGCCAAAUUUUUAUUAGAUUAAACAUUUUUUGAGACUCCUGUUCCAUCAUCAGAUUCCCAGGACAUCCAAAUUGGGAAAAUUCAAACAAAACAUUUUUUAAAGUUCCUUUGAACAUUUGAGAGGAAAUUUAAAUAUUAGAACAAAAUUAUCUAUUCAGUUCAACACACGUAAAAUUUUGGCUCCUUAAUUUAAUUAAUCAGUUUAGCAAUUGUUUACUUAUUUUUUAGUAUAUUAGUCAUAUGACACUUCUCUACAGCUAGUGUAGAUCAGUGGUUUUCAACGUUAUCAAUCUGUGAGCUUACACUAAAUCACAAAUGAACUGCAGAAUACCUAUGCCUGCUUGCUUCUUAUCCUAUACUGGCUUGUUCAAAGAAGAAGCAUUAGAUGUUUUAAUGAAUGUAACUGCAGACAAUGAAGAUUCAGGUAGAAAUGUCUUAUCAUCGAAUACUGCGUUUCAGUUACUGCAACAGGAAUCUUUGUAUUUGACAACAACUUGUCAUAAGCUAGAUGAUGUAUUAGGAGGAGGCAUUCCAUUAAUGAAACUAGUAGAAAUUUGUGGUUCUCCGGGAAUUGGAAAAACGCAAAUGAGUUUACAGUUAUGCAUCAAUUCACAGUUACCAAAGCAAUAUGGAGGAUUAGAUGGAGAAGCAAUGCUAAUUGAUACAGAAGGUAGUUUUGUUGUUGAACGUCUUAUUGAUAUUGCAUCAGCAGCUAUUAAUUUCUUAAGUUUGCAAGAUCCUAAAAUACAGAAUAUAAGUAUGGAUAAUAUGUUGAAAAAUGUUCAUGUUCGUCAAUGUAAAGAUUAUUCAGAACUUUUGGCUGUGAUAACCCUUUUACCUGAAUUCUUACGGGAACAUUCUAAGAUACGUCUGAUUGUUAUUGAUAGCAUUUCUUUCCAUUUUCGUUAUGGCUUUGAUAAAAACUACAGUUUGAGGACGAGAUUAUUAUGUGGGAUGGCACAAUCUUUGAUAAAAUUAGCAUCUGAGUAUAAUAUUGCAGUUGUUGUUACUAAUCAAAUGACAACUAAAAUCAUUGGCCCAAAUAAAUCUCAUCUGAUUCCUUCUCUAGGGGAGAGCUGGGGUCACAUGUGUACUAUUCGCAUUAUACUCUAUUGGAAAGAAAAUAAACGUUGGGCUGUAUUAUUGAAAUCACCUUGGAGAGAAGAAGCCAUCAUUCAAUUUCAAAUAACUACUGCAGGAAUAAGAGAUACAGAAAAUUGUUCAGUGCCAACAAAGAGAGAACUUUCAUCUCCCGAUACAGCCAAUCAAUUAAAAAAGUCAAAAAUGUAAUAAUUAAAUUUAAAAAGAACAUUUCAUAAAUUUUAUUUUUUAUCAAAAAUACUUAUUAACAUAUUCAAAUACAAAACUUAAUGACAAUUGCAUCUCCUUUACCAUUUUGUUUACAUAAUUUAUUUCAGAUACAAAGAUUCAUAACAACAUUACUUAUUACAGCAUUUCUAAAAUGGAAUGAUAUUUUAACUGUUAACAAUAUAUCAA